CUGCAUCAUGUAACCGUGUUUCUGAGAUACAUGCACAUCCUUCUUGCUGAGUCAGGUGCCUCUACCUUUUCCUUCAUUGCUGCAUUCUUCCAUACAGUACAUUCUUCUUUCUGUUACAUGUACGUGGUACCAUACCUUGUAUACAUUGUGGAUAAUCAGCAUGGUGAUGAUCCGCUCUCUCUUUGCCCUGCUACUGGCAACUGCAGUUUUGGCGUAUGACGAUGGUCCUCGUCGUCUCCUUGGACGCGAAUGCCCCACAGAUGUGGCAUUCAGUUCGGAGUGUUUGUCGGCUGCGAUGCCACCCUAUCCCAUUUGCAUGAAGCGUUCUGCCUCCGAAUGGGUCGAACAUGCCAUCGAAAGUCAUGCACGCUGCUGUGGAACGGAUACCACCGAGUGCAAAUGUCCGCAAAAGAAUUCAGCUCGAUUCCUCGGGAAGAUAGAGAACCACUGCCACGGCGUGGAAAUCUGCAAGGCGCAAGUUUUGGGAGGCCUUGAUGAGAGCAUUGAAACAGAGAGGUUGGAGAUUGAUGAAGAAGAAGGACAUUAGAAGUAUGGUAGAGAACAGGUGGUACUUGGUGGCUGGUUUAGAUUCACUAGCUAGCUUGUACGGUAAGUAGACCAGACUAGCCAGUAUCUAACAGUACUACGGUGGUAGAGCAAAUAGAUUUUGUGAUCAUUGAUGCUGGAUCUUUGUCAGAUGCGCCACUUAGUACCUGGUACAUCGUAUAGACCACCAGAAUAGUAUGAAAGGCCAGU